AUGGAAGGUUUAUUCUUUAAUGUGAACAACGGUUUCCUGGAAGGGAUCGUCCGAGGCUACAAAUCUGGUAUACUGACUCAAUCUCAUUAUGCCAGCUUGGCUCAGUGCGAGUCAUUGGAAGAUUUCAAAACGCAGCUGUCCGCGACUGACUAUGGAAACUUCCUCGCAAACGAGCCAUCCCCGCUGUCCACCGCAACUAUCGCAGACAAGGCGACCCAGAUCCUCGUAGACCAGUUCAACUUCCUCCGUAACAAUUCCGUCGAACCGCUGACGAACUUUCUGGAUUAUAUAACGUACGGGUACAUGAUUGACAACGUAAUACUACUCAUAACGGGGACGCUCCACGAAAGGGACACCCACGAACUUCUCGAGCGAUGCCAUCCACUGGGCAUCUUUGACACCAUGCCCGCGUUAUGCGUGGCAACCAAUGUCGAAGAACUCUACCAGAGCGUGAUGGUGGAAACUCCUUUAGCGCCCUACUUUCGUGACUGCCUCUCUGCCGCUGAUCUCGAUGACCUGAACAUCGAGAUCAUCAGGAACACCGUCUACAAAGCGUACCUAGAAGACUUUUACAACUACGUCUCCACCAUUGGUUCAACGGUCAUGCAGAACAUUCUCGCCUUUGAAGCUGACCGACGAACUAUCAACAUCACCAUAAACUCUUUCGACACGGAGCUCACCAAGGAUCAACGUGCCAAACUUUUCCCCGCCAUUGGCCGUUUGUUCCCCGCAGGCAACAAUGUACUCGCUAAAGCGGACGACAUUGACCAGGUUCGUCAAGUGUGCGACAACGUCGCUGAAUAUCGUACUUUUUUCGACAACUCAGCAUCGGCCCAGAGCAGUGGAGACGUCGGGGACUUUGGAGUAGCCGCACAGUUGGAGGAUCGUUUCUUCCGCAUGGAGGUACACCUCAACAAGUUGACUUUCCUGCAGCAGUUCCAGUAUGGCGUGUUCUACAGUUAUGUGAAACUGAAGGAACAGGAGAUACGAAACAUUACAUGGAUAGCAGAGUGCAUUGCCCAAGAUGCAAGAGAUAGGAUACAUGAUUUCAUACCGAUAUUCUGA